ACAUUUUUAUUUCAUUAAUAUAAAAACACAACCUUUCUCUCACUCUCUCUUCUUAUUAACUCUUUCAAAGUUUCAAUCUUUCUCUAUAUCUCUUAUGACCCAAAUUUUCAAUUUUUUUAAUAAAUAAAAAAAACCCUAAAAACCCCUUUUUUUUUUAUUAAAAAAUAAAAUAUAUAUCAUAUCCCAAUAUACCCACAACACACACACACAAACCCAAAAAAAUAAAAAUUUAAAAGAAAAAAAAAACAAAAAAAAUUAAACCCUUCCCCACCAAAAUGGACUUAGCAGAUUUGCAAAGCAAUAACAAGAACAACAAGCUUCAUCAGCAAAAACAGUCAUCAAAUUCUUCUUCUUCUUCUUCUUCUUCUCCUUCUUCUUCUUCUUCUCAUCAUCAAUUUGUGGUCCCUUUUGAUGGCAGAUCUUCUUCCAAUUCACCUUUCAUGGGCUCCAUUUCAAUCCAAGCUGGUCUUUCCCAUAGCCAUGGCCAUACAAAUUCAUCAACAACAACAACAACAACAACAACAACAACUUCUUCUUCUUCUUCUUCUUCAACGACAACAACAGUUGAUGCUUCACUAGCCAUAGCAACCAGAUCCGAAUCUCUUCCUCUUAAAAACCAGUUAGUGGUUGCGCCGGCGGCGCCGGCGCCGGUGAAAAGAUCGACUAAAGAUAGACAUACUAAGGUGGAUGGAAGAGGUAGGAGGAUAAGAAUGCCUGCCACGUGUGCGGCACGUGUUUUCCAACUCACUAGAGAAUUGGGUCAUAAAUCUGAUGGCGAAACCAUCGAGUGGCUGCUCCAGCAAGCCGAACCUGCUAUCAUUGCGGCCACUGGUACCGGAACGAUUCCGGCUAAUUUUUCGAGUUUGAAUAUUUCUUUGAGGAGCAGUGGGUCUACUCUCUCUGCUCCUCAUUCUAAGUCUGCUCCUCAUUCGUUUCAUAGUGCUCUUGCUCUUGCUGCUCAUCAUUACGAUGAUGGUGGCGGUUUUGCCCAUUCGGGUUUAAUGGGUUUUCACCACCAUCAACAACAACAACACCACCAUCAACAACCGUCUCCCCCGGUUCCGCUUAUGACGGCGGAUCAAAUUGCCGAAGCGUUACCCGGGGGAGGAGAUAACGGUGGUGGUGGUGGUGAUUCUAGUGAGAAUUAUAUGAGAAAGAGGUUUAGAGAAGAUUUGUUUAAAGAAAAUAGUGACUCUACUACUAAUCAAGGCGGAGGAGGCGGAGGCGGAUCGCCUUCUUCUAAUAGUAAUAAGAGUUUUAAGAGCGGUGAUGGCGGCGGCGGCGGUGGUGGUGAUAGCGGUGGUGGGUUGCAAUUGCCUAAGCAACAACAAAAUCAAGAUGGGUCAGGAUCUUCUGGGUUAUUAAGACCUUCUAAUAUUUUACCGGCUACUGCCAUGUGGGCAGUAGCGCCAGCCCAAGCUAGUGGAGCUGGCAGCACCUUUUGGAUGCUGCCAGUCUCAGCUGGAGCUGGAGUUUCUCCAGUUCCAGUAGCUGCUGCUGCUGCUGUUACGGUCAGUCAGCAGCAACAGCAGUCUGAACAUCAUCACCAGAUGUGGACGUUUCCGACUCAACCGGUGGUUACUCAUGGUUCGGGGAUUAAUACAUUGCAAGCGCCGUUGCAUUUUAUGCCACACCGGUUUAAUCUUCCGCCUCAUCACGGGAACAUGGAGUUUCGAGGAGGAGGUGGAGGAGUGAGUAGUCCUCUUCAACUUGGCUCUAUGCUAAUGCAACCGCAACAGCAACAGCAGCAGCACCAACCUUCGCAACAUUUAGGGCUUGGUGUUUCGGAAUCGAAUUUGGGAAUGUUGGCUGCUCUAAAUGCUUACUCUAGAGGUGGUUUGAACAUGAAUUCAGAUCAUCAAAAUCAUCCAUUAGAUCAUCAUCAACAACAACAUCAUCAACAUCAUCAAAAUCAACAACAACAUCAUCAACAACAGCCUCAAACUACUGAUAGUGGAGAUGAAGACCCAAAUAAUUCAAGUUAAAAACUUUGGGGAGUAAGAAAGAUGUGGUUGAAGAUUGCUCAUGGGUUUGUUUUUGAAGAUUUGUAAGUGUUAAAUUUGUGAUAUUUUGAGUGUUUUGUCUUUUUUUGAAAAAAUUAUUAGUUUUUUUCUUAAUGGGUUACUAAUUGUUAUUGUAGCUUUGUUGAUUUUGGUCAUUUUUUUUAGAGAUUAUUUGCUUUGGGAAGAGAUUGUAUUGAUUAUGUAAUUUGAUUAGUUUUGGUCCUAAUGGGACUGAAGAAAAAGCAGAGAGUGAGAUUUGUAUAGAAGGAUAUUAUAUGAUAUGAUAUCUAUUUUGUGUUUA